CUGCAUGCUGGGUAAUGUAGUUUCGCAACCGUAUCGAAAAUGGUGGACGUUCAGCCUCCGCCUUUCCGGAGCCUUGAUGAUUUUCUUUUCAGUUCGGCCCGAUUCUCCGUGCCAGAUGUCCGUAAUUUAGAGAGAUGGAACAACCGGAUCAUUAACAACUUGCUGUAUUAUCAGACGAACUAUUUUGCCUCUGCUUUGGCUUUCCUGCUGAUAGUGGGGUAUUUCCGACCCUUUCAGCUCUUCCUUGGAGCGGCUGUGGUGAUCUCUGUGUUUCUGGGCUUCGUCUGGGCUGCAGAGAACAAGGCCACAGUGAGACGUUUCCGGAGGAACCAUCCUUCCCUCUGUCUGAUUGCCAUCUUUGGCUCCAGCUACUUUCUGCUGUCCAUCCUGGGAGAGGUGGCUGUCUUUCUCUUCGGCAUCACCUUCCCCAUUUUAAUGAUUCUGGUCCAUGCGUCAGUAAGGCUACGGAGCUUAAAGAAUAAAGUGGAGAACAAGCUGGAGAGCAUUGGGCUGAAGAGAACGCCUAUGGGUCUGCUGCUGGAGGCACUCGGCCAAGAGCAAGAGGCCGGCUCGUAGUGUUUGGUCCUGACCCGAAGCAACCUUCAGCAACAUUCCCUUAAGUUCUAAACACUAUAAGCAGUGUUUUUACUAUUGUGCCAUUGUUUCUAUAGACAAACACAAAGGCCUUAGGGGAAGAAAAAUAGGAAUAUGUACAGUUGAGUGCAAAAGUUUGCAUCCCCUGUGAAGUUUAAUGGGGGGAAAAAAACAGGCAAAAUCAACAGGAAAAAUAGUUUAACCGUGAAUAGUUUUCCACUAUUCAUGUCUUAAAAUGCAUUGACUAUUUUUCUUACUUGUGAUCAUGAAGGAGCAUCUAUGAAAUGAAAACACUACGCAUCAUCUUGUUAUAAAUUAAAUUUGUGCAUUUCUCAUUUUAAACUAAGGGUACGCAAACUUCUUCCACUCAACUUUGUUUUAAGUGAAGUAUAAUUGAAUGAACGUCUACCUGCCUUUAACAUCCUAGGUUUAUGAUUUUAUGGUUUAUGAAUUCUUGUUGCACAUACACACAUUAGUGCAUUACCUUUCUACAUUUGUGCCAACAUUCCCCAAGUAACAAGGGCCUUGUUGAUUUCCUCACACAUUGUUGUUAGUGACCAAUGCAUUACACAUUCUUAUAUUUAGAACAUAUGUUUUGCUGAUGACUCAUAGACAUGUCAAUUAUUUAUAUGCUAUUUGUUUAAUUAAGAUAUAUCAAAGUGUAUAUCAAACAAAAUUGGUUUAGGGAGAUUCCCACAAAUGACUGAUUCAUUAUUGGGGUUAAACACUACAAGUGUUUCUAUUUGAUCCUUUGAGUUGUUUAGGAGUUCACACAUUUUCAGAAGUAUUAUGAGGAUGGAUUUGAACCGGCUGUUUGAAUUUGAUCUCAGUUUGCCAAUGUGUUAUUGAAUGCCAAAUUUUUCUUUGUUUGUUUUGUCAAUAAAACUGACAUGAUUUUCUAACAUCAA